UUUAUGGAAAAAGAAAAAUUGGAUAGUAAGAUAAUAGUAGAAUAUUGUAACACUGCAAUGGAUCCCUCAGCAGAAAACAGUAUGUAUGUAAACAAAGUAUGGGUUCAGUGUGAGAGUGAAAGCUGUUUGAAAUGGAGAUUGUUGUCAAGUGAGGAUGCAGCCAGAGUUGACCACAAUAAACCAUGGUACUGCUUCAUGAAUGCUGAUUCAAGAUACAAUAACUGCUCUGUUUCUGAAGAAGACUUCCCUGAAGAGUCUCAGCUUCAUGAAAGUGGAUUUAAGAUUGUCUAUUCACAGCUCCCUCUUGGAAGCCUGGUUUUGGUAAAAUUACAGAAUUGGCCAAGUUGGCCUGGGAUACUUUGCCCAGAUCCUUUUAAAGGGAAAUAUGUGAUCUAUGACCUGGAUGGAAAUGUUGAACAAUAUCAUAUAGAAUUCCUGGGAGAUCCCCAUUCAAGAUCAUGGAUAAAUGCAACAUUUGUUGGACAUUAUAGUAUCACAUUAAAGCCAGAAAAAUGUAAGAAAAAAAAGAAAUGGUAUAAAAGUGCACUACAAGAAGCCCGCCUCCUCUAUGGAUAUUCCCAUGAGCAAAGACUGGAAAUGUGCCACCUAUCCAAACAGGAUAAAUCCAAAGCAGAUGGCAAAGUUGCUGUGGUAGCCAAGAAAAGGAUGCAAGUUUCCAAAAACACAACAGAAAAGAAGAAGCCCAAAUUUAGAAGGACAAGGAAAGCUAUUUUAAAAUGCUCUUUUGAAAAUGUUUGUUCAGAUGAUGCCUUAUCAAAGGAAAACAUGGUUGUCUCUGAGACCGAAGUUUUACUGAAGGAGCUGGAGCAAAUGCUACAGCAGGCGCUAGACCCCACAGGGGCACCUGAUGAGCCCGAAGAGGAGCAUGGAGAGGAGGUAAAUGCAGGAGCGAAGUUAACUAAAUGCAGCUCUGAAGUCCCAGCAGGCAGUCCAUUCGAAAACCACUAUGAAGAGGACUAUCUUGUAAUUGAUGGCAUAAAAUUAAAAGCUGGAGAAUGUAUUGAAAAUAUAACUAACAAAUUUAAAGAAAUAGAUGCUCUAAUGUCUGAAUUUUAGGGU